UCUGAACGUGGACAGCAGGGCUCCCGAGGUGGACGUCCUGAUGGAGCAGGGAUCACUGGGGUCACCGCAGCCAGGACACUGGAGGUGAACGGUGUCACAGACUUUCUGGUCCUGGAGGCAGGCGACAGGAUAGGAGGUCGGAUCAGGGAGGACGAUGGCGCGGGCCUGGAGCCGGGGGCUAACUGGAUCCACGGACUGGACUUGAGGGACAAGGAGCACCAUCCCAUCUGGAGAGAGUGGACAGCCUGUGACGAAGAUGGUCCUGAUGGCAGUGUCACUUCCUUUGACUUCACCCGGGUCUACAAUAGCUCUGGUGCAAUUAAUGAAGAGGAGAACUCUGUUUGUUUUAAACCGCCACUGCCCGACUGGAAACACGAUGCCAUCAGGAAUGCCACCCCAGUCUACUAUGGCAAGGUUCAUCUCCUCUUCAACUCUUCUUUUUGGAAUGUCACAGAGGAAGACCAGCAGGUCCUGGGAUACGUCUCUAACGAGGAAGAUAUUUGGGCCAGACAUACCGGAUCCAUACAGGGCUCUCUCGUAUCGAAAUGGAGGCGGAGUAGUGAUCCCUUGUUCCGCUGUGCCUUUACGGCCCACCGCACAGGAGUCCCGGAAGCUGUCUUCGACCUUCUAAAGCCAGUCAAUGACAGUCUGUAUUUUGCAGGAGAGAGUAUGAACAGCAGUGACUAUGGCUACACCCACUCUGGCUACGGCUCUGGCGCCUAUGUGGCACACCAAAUAGCACAACUCCAGUCACCUUAA